AUCUUAGACGAAGAAGAAGAAGAAGGAGAUGCCAAACGAGGAAUCGAAGAAGAAAGACAUGGCUGAUAUGGUGUUCAUCGCCUCCAUGAACGAAGACCUUCUCCAUAAAAUUCUCUCGAGGUUGCCAGCGAAAUCGUUUGCUUUCGCUUCCUGUGUGAACCGAUCCUGGAACAUCGUCUGCAAUCGCAUCCUGUCUCGCCCCAAAAUGACUUCUGCCUUUUCUAGAAAUCCUGAUCAACUUAGAGGUGGAGAAGAAGUACUUGAUAAGAUUUUGUCUGAGCCAAUUCGACCAGAAUUUGUGAUCGCAAACAUUACAUGUGGGAACAUGGAUGGAAUAUUGAGACUGAUAACAAAAAGAGUGGGAUCAAGGGUUCCUAUUAUUGUCUCUCUAGUUGCUGGAAUCUUGGGAAAAGAAGUGUGCAAUGAUAAGGCUGGAGAGGUCAAACAAGGCGAUACAAGUUUUGCUAUACUGUUGACGAUUGGCUACUUGCCAGGAAUGAAAGUCGACGUUAUUCCUGUAACUCAAGCAAUUGGGGAAUCUGAGGCGACAAUUGGAGACAAAUUUGUGAUGGAUAUCAGAAAUUUUGUGUCUGUGGUUUCAGACCAUGCUGCACCAGCCUGUCUUAUACUCUUUGGGGAGGAUACUCAUGCCACCGAACCUAUCAUUCGAAAAUUGGAUUAUGUAAUGCCCGCAGAAACUAUUAUCGUGGGUGAUCAGAAGGGCGAGUUUUUACAUAAACGUGCUAAAGAAUCAAGAAAUGUUGAGUUGUACAAAGACAAUAGCAAAGUUCUCGCAGGUCUAAUAUUUGCAAGAGAUAGACAUAAACCCAUUCCAGAGGCUGGAAGAAUUCAGUUUCACACGGCAAUAUCAAGAGGAAUGUCAUCGAUUGAUCUGAGGUACAAGGUGGCUAAUGCCAUUAGUCUCCCUAUAUGGCCUUGUACACUUCUGACUGCAAAAAGAAGAGGAGAAGCAGAGGUUCGAAAUGGCGAACAAAUUCUAGAUGACAUAGAGAAUUUGUUAGGAAACAAUAUCUCGGAGCUUGAUCCAUACAUUAUCGGAGUAGUAAAACGAAGAAAGUACUCUGUUGGUUUGGAGAAGAAGCCAAAGAUCAUGGCCUCACUUGUAUUUCAUCAAAUUACUGGAGCCGACGAACAGUAUCUCUCAGUCAGUGGUGCCGGAAUCAAAACGGGCGACUAUUUCCAAGUUUAUUCCCCUGAUCUUAAAGUGGCUGAAGCAUCACUAAAUGCUGUUUCUUCUCAGCUUAAAACUCUAAAGUCUAAACCGAAUAAACAGGAACUCGUUGGAGGUUUUGUAUUCGCAAGCAGAGAGCGUGGCGACUCCUUCUUUGGUCGUCCAAACGCGGAAAGCUCACCGUUUUUGGAGAAUUUCCCGGAGUUACCUUUUGGCGGUAUAUUCUGUGACGGCGAAAUCGGACGAAGCUUAUUCGUCGAGGAGGGAGAGGAAAAGGAAGAAACUAGCAACCGGAGAUGUCUUCACCUUGUUAGUUCGGUGUAUCUUAUGGUCUCGUUUACUUUUUCUUAAUGCUAAUAAAGUGUUUGUUUGUUUAAUGUUUUUUAGAGAACAAGAAGUUAAUCUAAUUUUUAUUUUAAGA